AGCAGUGAAGGGGAGGAACUACAGGGGACAGGCCUGGGGUGUGCCCCCUCCUAUGUCCCCGAGAUAGGCUUUGGUUCCCGCCCCAGCUGUGGCUCUGGGCUGUAGGGAGGCGCUGGCCAGAGCUGGGUUGCAGGCCCAACCUGUUCCCACUCUGGACUCUGCCCAGCAAUUCCUGCGGAAGUGAGAAGACAGGCCAUAGGGAAGGCAGAUUGGAAACAGCUUGUGCCAACAGAAACGUGUGCUUCUGUGUCUCCCUGAGAGCGACCUGUUAACCCCAGAUCUCUGGAAGGUCUGGCACAUGGAGAACGACACGCCAAGCCGAGGGGAGUCCGUCCCUCUCAAACCCAGGGCCAACAGUCUGGAGAAUGCAGGAGCUGAUACCCUGGAAAGCCUGGAAGAAGGACGGCUCCCUGGCAGCGACUGGAGCCCCACAGAGGCCGGGCACAGCCGGAGUGAGGCGGGGCCGGAGCCCUCCUCCAGCUGGAGGAUCCUGCAGCCGUUCCAGAGAAUGAGACGCUUCUGCAGGGAGCACAAGCAGCUGAUUCGACGCAUCUGCAUAGGCCUGCUCUGUACCGGGUACGCAGCCUUCCUGCUGGCUGCCUGCACCCUGAAUUUCCAGAGGGCCCUGCCGCUGUUCGUGCUCACCUGUGUGGUCCUGGCCUUCCUGGCCUACGGCCUGCUGCAGAGGCUUCUGGCGCCCAAGCUGGGGAGGUGUAAGAAGCCUGAGGGCCAAGCCCGCCUGAAGCUCUGGGCUAAGAGGGGCCUAGCUCUCGCGGCUCUCCUGUUCCUGGUCCUGUGGCUGUCUCUGGACACCUCCCAGCGGCCUGAGCAGCUGGUGUCCUUUGCAGGAAUGUGUGUGUUCAUCGCCGUCCUCUUUGCCUGCUCGAAGCGUCACUGCGCAGUGUCCUGGCGGGCCGUGUCCUGGGGCCUUGCGCUGCAGUUUGUCCUUGGACUCUUUGUCAUCAAAACAGAACCAGGAUUUAUUGCAUUACAGUGGCUGGGCGACCGGAUGCAGAUCUUCUUGAGCUACACCAGGGCUGGCUCCAGCUUCGUGUUUGGGGAGAAUCUGGUCAACGAUGUCUUUGCCUUUCAGGUUCUGCCCAUCAUUGUUUUCUUCGGUUGCGUCAUGUCAGUUCUCUGCUACCUGGGCCUCAUGCAGUGGGUGAUCCUUAAGAUUGCCUGGCCGAUGCAGGUCACUAUGGGCACCAUUGCCACUGAGACCCUGAGUGUGGCUGCAAACAUCUUUGUGAGCCAGACCGAGGUUCCUCUACUGCUCCGGCCCUACUUGGCAGACAUGACACUCUCUGAAAUCCACGUUGUCCUGACCGGAGGCUACUCCACCAUUGCUGGCAGCCUGCUGGGCGUCUAUAUCUCCUUUGGGAUCGAUGCCGCCUCAUUGAUUGCUGCGUCUGUGAUGGCUGCCCCUUGUGCUUUGGCCCUCUCCAAGCUGGUCUACCCGGAGGUGGAGGAGUCCAAGUUUAAGAGUGAGAAAGGAGUGAAACUGACCUACGGGGAUGCUCAGAACCUCAUGGAAGCAGUCAGCAGUGGGGCCACCAUCGCAGUGAAAGUGGUCACCAACAUUAUUGCCAACCUGAUUGCGUACCUCGCUGUGCUGGCCUUCAUCAACGCUGUCCUCUCCUGGCUGGGAAACAUGGUGGACAUCGACGGGCUCAGCUUCCAGCUCAUCUGCUCCUACAUCCUGCGGCCUGUGGCCUUCCUGAUGGGCGUGGCCUGGGAGGACUGCCCCGUCGUGGCUGAGCUGCUGGGGAUGAAGCUGUUUGUGAACGAGUUUGUGGCCUAUCAGGAACUGUCCACAUACAAGCAGCGCCGCCUGGCAGGGGCUGAGGAGUGGGUUGGCACCAGGAAGCAAUGGAUCUCUGUCAGAGCAGAAACCCUCACGACGUUUGCCCUCUGUGGGUUUGCCAACUUCAGCUCCAUCGGGAUCAUGCUGGGAGGCCUGACCUCCAUGGUCCCCCAACGGAGGAGCGACAUCUCCCGGAUCGUGCUCCGGGCGCUCUUGACAGGCACCUGUGUGAACCUAGUCAACGCCUGCGUGGCAGGCAUCCUCUACGUACCCAGGGGAGCCGAGGUCGACUGCGUGUCCCUGCUAAACACAACCCUCAGCAGCACUAGCUUUGAGGUGUACCAGUGCUGCCGCCAGGCCUUCCAGAGCGUCGGCCUGGAGUUCGGCCCAGUGGCCCUGAACACCUGCUGUCAGUUUUACAGCCACCCGAUCUGUGCGUAGCACGGACGGACAUCCUUGUGCCUUCUGAGGGCUGUUCUUCCCCAGGAAGCACCUGUCCCCAUCUUCCCCUCUCCAGGCCCCUCCUCAGGGAAGCCGCAGGGCUUAGACCCUCAGUCGCACACUUGGCAAUGAAAGCAGCCACCUUGCUGAAAUGGCAGGAACAUACCUAAUCCCGCAAUUUGCUAACAGCAUGUGCAGAUGAGUCAUGAGCGGUGUCCCUGCUCUGUCUCUGCCUGGCUGGCAGGCACCCUGCAGGGACCCCUGUGCUCACAAAGGCCUGGAAGGAGCCAGCAGACAACAAGGGCUUGCAGAGCUUUCUAUUUGCAUGGGCAGAAUCUGCUUUUAGAAUUUGUGUUACAGCCUCCAGGAGUUCCUGGAAAGCCCCUGGAGGGACAGCAGGGGGCAAGCUGCAGGCCCCAGUUUCCUGCCCCAAACCAUAUCUGAGGCCAAAUCGCAUCCCCUGCGAUGAGCCUGACUACAUCUCAGACAUAACCGCGUGUCCGGGAGCAGAAAAAGCAGGAAAGACGGACCAGCUGACAUUGCAGCCUCCUGCUACUUACUCCACAGCCACCUCUGCUUUAACUGACAGCAGUCACCAAUUCUUUUCUUUCUCUUUGUCCCCAUAAAAUCAGCAGGUCACUUGUCCUUCCUGCUGACACCCCUUCUCUUUCUUUGGGAUGCCACACCUUGUCCCUGUUCUCCCUGCCUUCCCUCUCUCUCUCUCUAUCUCACUCCUUUCUCCCCAAGAAGAUAAACUUUUUACUUUAUGUAUACUAACCCCAGUGUGAGAAAUCCUUCUCCACCCGCACCGUGAGCACCUACUAGGCUUUCCACACUAACAGGACAGGGGUGAUGGACUCAGCGGGGACUUCAGUAAAGUGAGGACACCUCCUAGUUGAGCCCCUCUCUCUGCGCCCCCGCUUCCUACCUCCCUGAAACGUGAGUUCUCAGGCUCACCUGUGCCUCCUUGUGUUUCCCCUCCACAUGCAAACAGCAGCCUGGUCCUCUCAGUCCCCCUCUCCUUGGGGUCCCUCACAUGCACCUCGCCCUUCUGCUGUGGGCCCCACACCGAAGCCUGCUCCCUCCUCCCUUCCCAGGCACUAGGGUCUCUCCGUGGCUUCCCUGCAGAUGAUGUGUCCUGGAGACUCCUUUGACCCUCACAGGCUGACCUGAGCCCCUGCCCUCAGGACGUGAGCUCGCAGAGGGAAGGCUGGGCCUGACUGCUAAAGCCAUAGCUAGGCCUUUGCCUUCUCUCUGCAGCGGCCCUCCCCGCCCCCAGCAUCUGCCACCUGUUCCCACUCCCCAUGGGCUGCUGGCAGGAGGCCUUGCUGCUGUGGACGGCACCACCGCCCGCCAGCGUCGGCCGUCAGCCCCUCCCGGCCUGUCUGCUGGCCUCGGGUCCCCCAGCUGGGUCGUGGAACAGUCCAAGGACUCCCCUGACCUCCCUCCCUGGACGCCCUGCACACUCGUCACAUGGCCAGUGGCGUUCCCGCGAGGACUCUGAGCCCCUGAACACAGGGCUCCCAAUGUACCACAGUGUCUGAGUCCAUUAGGGCUGAUAGAGCAGAAUACCAUGAACUGGAUAGCUCAUAAACAACAGAAACAUACUUCUCACAGUCCUGGACGGUGAGGAGUCCAAAAUCAAGGCAGUGACAGAUUCAGGGUUUGUUCAGAGCCCAUUUCUCACAAAUGGCACCUUCUUGCUGUGUCCUCACAUGGUGGAAGAGGUGAGCAGGCUCCCUCAGGCCUCUACAGAAGGGCACUAAUCCCUGGCUGGGCACAGUGGCUCAAGCCUGUCAUCCCAGCACUUUGGGAGGCCGAGACGGGAGG